AUGGGGCAAUCCAGGACUCAACGUCUUUUCAUUGUUUUAGUUGCAUACUGUCUUUUGCUGACUCAGUUUUCGGUAGCGGCCAGUCCUGAUAAGAAGAUUCAAACGGUAGUCAAUCUGCUGGAUUACAUCGCUAGGGACUAUGCCGGGGCGGUGGAGAAUAAGAAAGUUGUCAACGCGACCGAAUACGCGGAAAUGACCGAUUUCGGGACAUCCGUCUAUUCGCUGAGUCGUGAAAUCGCGUUUAAGCAGACGAACGACAAAAAGCCGAUACUCGAUCAGAUUCGCCAGCUACAGCAGCUUAUCGCUGCCAAAGCCGAUUUGUCAGCCGUGGAUUCGCUAGCCAAAAAAGUGCGAUCUGAACUCAUAACCGCCACGGGUUUUAAUGUUCUACCCGUCCAAUAUCCCAAUCUAGUAGCGGGUAAGUCACUAUUCAAAACCUAUUGCGUAGCCUGUCACGGUGAACGAGGCGAUGGAAACGGCCCAGCGGCCAAAGGGCUUUCCCCCGCGCCAACCAAUUUUCUGGAUACUGGCUCCAUGCGAGCGGUUUCGCCCCUGGCCGCCUUCAACACACUAAGCAUUGGCCUACAAGGCACCGCCAUGCGCAGUUUUUCGGAAGAGCUAAACGAAAAGCAACUGUGGGAUCUGGCCUUCUAUGUGAAGGCACUGCCCGCCAGCCAGGCGGGCAUGGAUAGCAUCCAGGCACAGCAGAUUUUGACCAUGAUGGACAAAUCGGUGCCCCUGGAAACGAUUGCCGCCAGCUCGGAUGAUGACUUACUUCGCCUAUUGAGCGGUACUCCCGCCCAGCGCCAGGAGAAAUUGGCGGCCCUUCGGAUGCAGGUCCCACCCAGUGGGCCGAAUACCUAUAUUGAACGCACCAAAAAUAGCCUCCGCGACGCACUAGCCGCUUACGAACAGGGAAACACCACCGAAGCGCGGCAACUAACGCUGACCGCUUACCUGGAGGGGAUAGAACCCAUUGAAGCCCAGUUGAAAGCGACCAACCCUAAACUGACCGCUUCCAUAGAAGAACAAAUGCUGCUGAUCCGCAAACUGAUUGAAUCCGGGGCCAGCCCGCAACAGGUACGUCAACAGAUUGCGAAAGCAUCUAUCCUGGCCGACGAGGCCAGGAGCGUUUUAGGUGAGCAGAAGUUUUCGUUCUGGUUUUCGUUUCUGCUGACGGUUUCCAUCCUUUUGCGGGAAGGGAUCGAGGCUUUUUUGAUUGUGGCUUUGUUGCUGGCGAUUGUGCGCAAAACAAAUUCAGUCAAAGCGCAGGUCUGGAUACAUGGGGGAUGGAUAACGGCGAUAGCGGCUGGCUUCGCAGGCUGGCUGGUAUCCGGCUGGAUACUAGCGAUCAGCGGGGCGAACCGUGAAAUCAUGGAGGGUUUUGUAUCGCUGCUGGCCGUUAUUAUUCUGGUCUAUGUGGGUUUGUGGCUGCACUCGCAUGCCAAUGGCCAGAAAUGGAAAGAAUUUGUCGAAAUCCGUUUGUCGAAACUGGUCAAUAGCGAGAGCCUGUUCGGAUUAAGCUUUUUUGUUUUCAUGGUUGUUUUCCGGGAAGCGUUCGAGUGCAUUCUUUUCCUUCAGGCGAUAAAAUUGCAGACCCUGACGAGCGCAGAAAAUGCCAUUGGCUGGGCCACUGUGGCCUCUUUUUUCAUCAUCGCCGGGUUGGUGGCCUUCGUGCUGAAAUUCUCCAAACGCCUACCCAUACCCCAGCUUUUUAGCUUCUUUGCCUGGAUCAUUGCCUUUCUGGCUGUACUAUUGAUCGGCAAAGGGGUUCAUUCUUUGCAAGAAGCGGGCUUUGUCUCGGUUUCCGCUGUGCCGUUGGCAAUACGGGUAGACCUGCUGGGCCUCUAUCCAACGCUUCAAACCAUCGGUUCGCAACUUCUCCUUGCGCUCCUUUUUAUGGCAGUGCCAUCCUGGAAAAAGAAAGCUCCGCAAAAGCAGCGCAUCCCUGAAAAACAAGCGGCUGAUUGA